GUGGAAAGUUAGCAGAAUCAAACUGCGGCUCUUCCUCCUCUUCCUCCUCCUCAUCAUCAUCGUCACAGCGUGUCUGAGGUCACGUGACAUGUGAGGUCACGUGACUCCUCCGUCACGCCUCCUCUGUGCUCCCUCAGCCUGGGCGCGCUCCUCAUCGGCCAUGGAGGCGAGCGAGGUGAAAGUGAUCUGCGAGCGGCCGGCGGGGGCCAGGAGCCCCUUCGCCAGCGUCAAGUUCUUCGUCCUGUGCCACAGUCUGCUGCAGCUGGCCCAGCUGCUGGUGUCGGGGUACAUGAAGAGCUCCAUCUCCACCAUCGAGCGCCGCUUCGGACUCUCCAGCCAGAAGUCGGGGCUGCUGGCCGCCCUUCAACGAGGUGAGCGGGCGCCACUUCCUGUUUGCCACUGUCUGAGAGGCGGGUCCUCCCUCCAGGUGGGCAACACGGUCCUCAUCGUCUUUGUCAGCUUCCUGGGGAGUCGGCUCCAUCGGCCGCGCUUCAUCGGCGGCGGCGCUCUGUUGGCGUGCCUGGCCUCGCUGCUGAUGGCGCUGCCGCACUUCUUGAGCGGGCGCUACCAAUAUGGCGAAAACAUCGUGGCCGCCGGGAACAACUCCCGCCUGUGCCGGCCGGGGAGCUCCCUGGCCUCGCCGGCGCCCAGUCAGAGCUGCGGCGAGCAGGAGCGCCCCGCCGAGGAGGGCUUGUACCCGCUGCUGCUUCUAGCUCAGCUGCUGCUCGGCAUCGCCGCCGUGCCCAUACAGCCUUUUGGCAUCUCCUACAUCGACGACCACGCCAGCCGAAAGAACUCGCCGCUCUACCUCGGUGUCCUCUUGGCGGUCACGUCCAUUGGCCCCGCCUUCGGUUUCCUCAGCGGCGCCUGCCUCCUGCGCUUCUACGUGGACUUUGACACCAUGACUGAAGACCAGAUCCAGUUGGACCGCAGUGACCUGCGCUGGGUGGGCGCCUGGUGGCUCGGCUUCCUGUUGGCCUCGUUCCUCCUCUUCGUCACGGCGCUGCCCUACUUCUUCUUCCCGCGACACAUGCCCCUCGAGGACGAGUCCGAAGCAGACGCCAAGACGCAGAGCGACCCUCUCCAGGAAGUCAGUCUGCUUCACUUCCUUAAAAGUUUCCCCAGCGUCGCUGUGCGCACGCUGCUGACUCCCGUCUACCUGCUGGUGGUCCUGGCCCAGGUCAACCUGGCGGCCAUGGUGGCCGGCCUCCUCACCUUCAUGGCCAAGUUCAUCGAGAAGCAGUUCAGCCAAACCGCCGUCUUCUCCGCCAUGAUCAUCGGCGGAGUUUGCAUCCCGCUGGCCGUGCUGGGGACCGUGGUGGGCGGAGUCCUGAUGCGGCGAUGGAAACUCGGCGUCAGCGCCGCCAGCAAGAUCUGCGCCGCCGCCACCCUCCUCGGCAUCGGCGUCGCCCUUCCUCUGCUCUUCAUUGGCUGCCCGACUCAGCAGGUUUCCGGCGUCUUCCCGCCGCGGAGCGGCGCACUUUCUUGCAGCGCGUCAUGUCAGUGCCCUCGCGACCUGUUUGAUCCGGUGUGCGGCUCAGACGGGGUGGAGUUCACGUCUCCGUGUCACGCCGGCUGCGUUGCCGUGGAAACGGACCGCAGCAGCAGCAAAGUCCUCAACUUCACCCAGUGUCAAUGUGUGGGCGGGGCCAGUGGCUCGGCUGUGCCCGGAAGCUGCGGCAGCGGCUGUGGCCACCUCCUCCUCCCCUUCGUGGUUCUGCUCGCCCUCACCGGUCUCGUAAUGUCGCUGUCCCAAACUCCGUCCUUUGUCAUCAUCCUCAGGACGGUGCCAGCCCAGGACAAAUCCUUCGCCGUGGGGGUCCAGUACAUGCUCUUCAGAGUCCUCGCCUUCAUGCCCGGCCCGGUUCUGUACGGCACCAUCAUCGACUACACGUGCAUCCUGUGGGACCGGAAGUGCGGAAAGCUGACUUCCUGUCUCUACUACGACUUGGAGCACUUCAGACACAGGUUCUUUGGUCUCCAGUUGGUCUUCAUGUGCGGGGGUCUGCUCUGCUUCCUCUUGACCGCCGUGGUCCUGCACAGGAGGGCGAGGCUUCGGGUCCCCGAGGCCGCCGACAAAGGCGUGUUCGAGUUGGUGGACGGACGCAAACAAGCACAAGUCAAAGUCCAGACUUGAGUACAUUAUAAACGGCACACUUUUUAUAAGGCGGGGGCAGUUCCCCUGACGUCCACCAGAGGACGCCAACGUCCUGUUCUGCUCAGAGCCAUGUAGUGCGAGAGUGUGGCCAACCCGGUUCAAAGGUGGUCUCAAAAUGGCGCCGUGAGGAGCUUUUGACCAAUUAUUGAGGAGAUUCUCCGGCCAUACUUUCUCUGAUUUUUUUUGGAUUGAAAUUGAUGGAUUGAAACUUGUAUUAGUAGAUUGCACAGUACAGUACAUAUUCCGUACAAUUGACCACUAAAUGGUAACACCCCAAUAAGUUUUUCAACUUGUUUAAGUCGGGGUCCACGUUAUGGAAGCCGCAUUGACCACACCCUCUCUAUGCAAGACUCUGGUUACACUUCAGCUAACGCAGCACAAUACUUCACAUACUUCUAUAAAAAAUUUAACUCAAUAUUAAACUUUGUUACUGUUACAAAGAUGUAGUUAUAUUUCAAAAGGACCCUAAAACUAUCUAAUGUAGUCAACUUCUAUUACCAUGGUAAAUAAUAUACAUACUCAAUUCCUCUCCCCUCAGAUAUUCGGAAUCAUUAAAGGCCUACUGAAAUGAGAUUUUCUUAUUUAAACGGGGAUAGCAGAUCCAUUCUAUGUGUCAUACUUGAUCAUUUCGCGAUAUUGCCAUAUUUUUGCUGAAAGAAUUUAGUAGAGAACAUCGACGAUAAAAUUCGCAACUUUUGGUUUCUGAUUAAAAAAAAGCCUUGCCUGUACCGGAAGUAGCGUGACGUCACAGGUUGAAGAGCUCCUCACAUCUGCACAUUGUUUACACCAGCAGCGAGAGCGAUUCGGACCGAGAAAGCGACGAUUACCCCACUAAUUUGAGCGAGGAUGAAAGAUUUGUGGAUGAGGAAAGUGAGAGUGAAGGAUUAGAGUGCAGUGCAGGACGCCAGGGUGUAUCUUUUUCGCUCUGACCGUAACUUAGGUACAAGGGCUCAUUGGAUUCCAAACUUUGUCCUUUUUCUAUUGUGGAUCACGGAUUUGUAUUUUAAACCACCUCGGAUAAAUGAUAAUGAUAAAUGUGUUAUACUUGUAUAGCGCUUUUCUACCUUCAAGGUACUCAAAGCGCUUUGACAGUAUUUCCACAUUCACCCAUUCACACACACAUUCACACACUGAUGGCGGGAGCUGCCAUGCAAGGCGCUAACCAGCAGCCAUCAGGAGCAAGGACACAACGGACGUGACUAGGAUGGUAGAAGGUGGGGAUUGAACCCCAGUAUCCAGCAACCCUCCAAUUGCUGGCACGACCACUCUACCAACUUCGCCACGCCGGAUACUAUAUCCUCUUGAAAAUGAGAGUCGAGAACGCGAAAUGGACAUUCACAGUGACUUUUAUCUCCACGACAAUACAUCGGUGAAGCACUUUAGCUUCGGAGCUAACGUGAUAGCAUCGUGCUUAACUGCGGAUAGAAACAGAAGAAAUAAGCCCCUGACUGGAAGGAUAGACAGAAGAUCAACAAUACUACUUUACUUCUACUAUCAUGAGACACCGAACCAAACACUGGACCUGUAACCACACGGUUAAUGCUGUCAAGCCUGGCAAAGCCUAGCAAUGCUGUUGCUAACGACGCCAUUGAAGCUAACUUAGCUACGGGACCUUGACAGAGCUAUGCUAAAAACAUUAGCUCUCCACCUACGCCAGCCCUCAUCUGCUCAUCAACACCCAUGCUCACCUGCGUUCCAGCGAUCGACGGCGCGACGAAGGACUUCACCCGAUCGUCGUGCGGUUGGCGGCUAGCGUCGGAUAGCGCGUCUGCUAUCCAACUCAAAGUCCUCCUGGUUGUGUUGCUGCUGCCAGCCGCUAAUACACCGAUCCCACCUACAGCUUUCUUCUUUGCAGUCUUCAUUGUUCAUUAAACAAAUUGCAAAAGAUUCACCAACACAGAUGUCCAGAAUACUGUGGAAUUACGUGGUGAAAACAGACGACUUAAGCUGGCCUCCGUGCUAUUCCAAAAUGUCUGCUUCAACCCGUGACGUCACGCGCAAACGUCAUCAUACCGAGACGUUUUCAGCCGGAUAUUUCGCGGGAAAUUUAAAUUUGCACUUUAUAAGUUAACCCGGCCGUAUUGGCAUGUGUUGCAAUGUUAAGAUUUCAUCAUUGAUAUAUAAACUAUCAGACUGCGACCACGCAGUCUGAUAGUUUAUAUAUCAAACUAUCAGACUGCGUGGUCGGUAGUAGUGGGUUUCAGUUGGCCUUUAAGACCUUAGCUAUAAGAAUAAAUCUAUAUAUUGAUGGAUUGAUCAUAUAUUCUUAGUCAGUCAGGUAUUGAAUGAAAAUGUUUUUUUGCUCAGUAUACGGUUUACCUGUUACACCUUAAUUAUCGGGUCUUGUUAGUUCCAGGCCUAACCGUGGCCAACCAAAUUUCCACCAAGUAGCAUUAUUAUUAAUAAAUGUAAUAUUUUCAUGGUUGGAGCAUAAAAAACAGUUUAUGACCUUGUAAAUGUGUUUUUUGUUUACACAAUUAGAAGCUCUAAACAUAAAAUAGCAGCCAUACAGUAUCACAGAGGAUUCUCCUGGCCACUUCAACACGGCCAUGUCAUGGAAAUACUUCAUCGCAUCCUGGGUAUUUUUUUCUAAGUUAGAACUGGGCACCGUGUGCUGAAACCACGGGCUUAAACUGUUCCGCUAAAACCAAAAAUUAAUGGCAGCUUUGUUGUUGGAAUUCCACAUUGUCAGCAAUAUGUUUUGUACAAAUCAAAUUUUCCAUCUAAUGCUGUGGAAUGGAGUGAGGUGCAUUUCAGUCCAGUAAAUAUUAAAACUGGUAUCAGGACUCUGAACCACAUACUUUCUCAUCUUGUCCUGUCUUUAA